AGGAUAUAAUACAUCUAUAUAUGGGUCUGAAAUGAAAAUCUCGAGGAGCAUAAAAGGGGUCAGGCUGUGGAUUUUCUUCCACCCUCUCCAUUCGUCUUUCAAGUAAUCAGGGUUUAUUUGUUCGACAACUGUGGGUUUGACGUUAAUGUUUUGACUUAUUUGUCGAUGGCCAAGAUCGGAAGAUUCGGAUUCUUCUAAUGCUUUAUAAUAUGUUCUUAUUUAAGCAUAUGUAUAUUUGGAUUGGCAGAAAAGAAACAGUGCAAGCCAAAAUUUUAUUUCCAUUACUCGACAUUUACUCCCUUGUUUAGGGUUUCUAAUUUUGUAAGCGAGUUUUCGGAUGGCUUUUGGGUUUACUUCUAGACGGAACUACUGUUUCUUUCAUUUUCAUUGAGACUUGAGGGCUGUUUUGAGCAUUUUUUGACGAAGUCCAAAAUUGUACUAGAAAACGAGGGGUUUAUUAAUUCCACUUUUGUAUUUAGUACUUGCUUCCUAUGAAUUUGAAAGUCAGAAGCUAGAGUUCUCCUAUUCAGCAUGUUUUCUCUCUCUUCUUCUCCGAAGAAUGGCUGUUAGCUUCAUCUGGCGUGAUAAAGAGGGCAGAGGCGAGAUAGAAGAGGACAUGAUAUCUAUCUAGGGGAGUAAUGUGUGAUGGAUGAAACUGAACUGGAAAAUCCCAUGUUUAUGGAAAUUAAAUCUGAAGGUAACAAAAUGGAAUUCCAAAGAAAUGAAAAUCAAGAUUUUGCAUCAGAGAAAGGAGAAGGUAGCAAUGUAGUUUUCUCAAGAGAAGCACCACUUAUGAGGAAAGAAUCAACAAUGUCCUCUCAUUAUUGUUGCAAUGCCAAGAAGCUGAAAUCCGGAGCACUUACAAUAGCUUGUGAGCUUGGAAGCAAUGAGAAAAUUGGGUUGGAGAAGAAAUUAUGUAGACAAGACAGGAUUGAGUUGGGUAGGUUGUUUCAGGGUGCAGUGAGUUCCCAUGACUGGGAACUUGCAGAAAGUUUGAUUUUGGUUGCUGAUCCACAAACACUUAAUGAUGCCUUGUGUAUUACACUGGAUUCCAUCUGGUUCUUGAGCACAGAGCUAGAGCUUAAUGGGAUAACAGGAUUUAUCAGGAAGAUCAUUGCUAAUGGUGCUUAUGACUUCACAAGAGCUGCUCUAAGGACUUCAUUCCUUGCUUCUUGUGUCUCUGCUUGCCAGAGCAGAACAAUGAGUCUUGCUGAUACAGUUACUGUUAUGGCCCAAAGGUUGCAUGAGCGUCUCCAGGAAUGCAAUGGAGAUGAAGUCUUAAAGGCAGAAGCAGGCGCUAAGGUUCAAAAGUUUACUGAAUGGGCUCUGAAAUGUAUAGGCAUCCAUUCGCGAUUCCAGGAUGAUAGGGACAAUGUGAUACACAGCUCAGCUGUUGAGAUCCAGCUGCGGUUAUCUGCCUUUAAGACAUUCCUUGAUCUUGCUGGCAACCGUCUUACAGGGAAGGACUUCAGUGAAGCCUUUGAUGCGGCUUGCUUUCCUCUUACUCUUUUCUCAAGCUCAUUUGAUCCAGGUUGGGCUUUUGGCAUGUCAGCUACUGUGAUUCAAGGGCUGCUGGGCAUGUUGGUAGAAGGGGGUGCAGACAAUGUCAAUCAAUGUUUCUUGGAGGCUUCACGUUUUGGCAGUACAGAACUUGUGCGUAUACUAUUGCAGAUUGCGCAAAGGAACAGCUUGGAUGUUGAUGUUGACUUGGCACUGGGCUUUGCCUCCCAUUACUGCAAGAUAGGCACUAUGGAGUGCUUGGUGGAAGAGGGAAAUGCCAUAGCCUUUUUGGGCCCUUUGAUGAGAGCUGCUGAGAGGGGCUGCAUGCAAGUUGUUGAGUGGUUUGUGCAGAGGGGUUGCCGAGACAUGGAGCUCUGCCUUGCCCUUACAGCAGCUACUUCUAGCUGCCAAGUUCACAUCGCUGCUUAUCUUCUUCCACAUGUACCUCAGCAGGUCCUUGCAGCGCUUAGUGUAGAAAUUCUCAAGGCUGCUGGUGAACGCAGUGGUGGAUCUCUUGAUGGUGUAGCAUUUCUCCUCCAAUCUGACUUCUUGGGUGAUCCUGCAGCUACUUAUGCUGUUGCAGAUAUUAUUGCUAAAUCAGAGGAUGAGGCUGUUGCUCCUGAGCUAAAGACUUUUCUUAAGGAGCAUUGGUCAGAAGGAGCUUACAUGGAGGGAUUAAGGUUAGGGCAAGAGCAUUACAUGAACCUUGCGAGAAUCAUUAAAUGGGGUGAGUCUCCUAUUUGCUUAAGAGAUCUUCCAUUCCCACUGACUUUGGCAAUUGCUUACCUUCCCCUCUAUAGAGAGUGUGUGAGGACAAGUGGCUGCUUGUUUUCACAACGGCUUAGGGGACAACUGGUUGAAGCCGCAAGAAGGCUUGGGGAUAGGGUCUUUGAUGAAGUGACUCACGGUAGAGAACUAGUGGUCGUUUUGGAGCAUCAUCUUCCUCACUUUUUGCUCCACCCCACCCGCAUUGCUUAGCUAGAUUCGGUUACCAAUGUUAUCUAUUUUUUUAUUUCCUUUCGCCACCCUUCUUUAUUAUGUAAUUUAUGUCACCGUUAAUGACAAUUUUUAGCUGGGAGUCAGGCUAUUAUGGUAGCUUUCCCUCUUCCUUUA